AUGAAACAAGGAACCGUGAUAUGGAAGGCCACCCAAGUAUUAACUCUUCAAGAUUCAGAUCGCCAAGGGUUCAUUGAUUUAUAUUUCCCAUAUUUUUAUUUAUGGGUUAUCUCCACAUCUGCUAGACCGCACGAUGACCACGACCACCAUACACUCUUCCAAGUUCCAACCGUUGCCGCCCCGAACACCCCAUCUACAUCAGACCACCAACACCACCGCAAACAAAGGUAUGGAGAUUUGAAAUUGAAAAAUCCAGACAACAAAGCCCAAUCAAUGGAAGAGCUGUAUCACAGCUACAAAAAUGCAGUAAACUUCUUUCUAGGGCUUUCCCUAUACAAAAAUGCAGUAAACUGGAAUGUCUUCGAAAAGAGCUGGUCUGCUGCUGAACAUGAGCUUCAGGAGUUCUUGGUGGAUUCAGCUUCUGGUUUUGGAAAUAGUGAAGCAAAUACUAGCAUCGACAAGCCAAUGGAUGAUGACCAAACAUCUGGAAAACCACAAGGAUGGUUGAAGUGGAUUUCCCGUGGUAUGUUGCGGGCUGAAGGGACAGAUGAUUCCAGCCAGUUUUCUGGUGUUGUUUCAGAUGAAGUAAUUAUGGAUCUGGAUUGUGCUAUUGGUGAACUGGUUUUUGAGGAGAAUCUUUCGGUGAACAUGUCUGGAAGGCUCGAGAAUAAUGCAGCACAAUACUCAGUUGAUAUCGAGUUAUCUGGCUUGCCUCUGGAUGAUGAUAUUGUUUUGGAGUUAGACCAAAUGGAGAAAGUAUCUGAUAUAGAAGAUAUCUUGAGUUACAGGUCUGCUGCUGAACAUGAGCAUCAGGAGUUGUUGGUGGAUUCAGCUUCUGGUUUUGGAAAUAGUGAAGCAUAUACUACCAUUGACAAGUCAAUGGAUGAUGACCAAACAUCUGGCAAACCACAAGGAUGGUUGAAGGAUCUGGAUUGUGCUAUUGGUGAACUGGUUUUUGUGGAGAAUCUUGUGGAGUGCAUGAUUUGGGAGGAAUCUGAUGUUGUUACUGCAUCAAUCAACGGUAUUUUGCUUGAGCCGAUUGAAAUUACAUGUGAUCCAACCUAUCUUGUUAAUUUUGUGGAGUUAUAUACUGUGUUGGCUUCCUUUCAAUCUCAUGAAGGAAGGGUCCUAAAAUCUCUUAAUGGGAUAAAAGACAUGAAGUCACGUCUAAUAUCGAAAGCCGUGUAUGUCUUCUCCUUUGAUCCUACUGGAAUAUUAUUUCCUUUAGGGUCUAGAAAUGGGAUUAGUAGCAAAUUUCUUAAUGUAAAAUUUCAAACUGAGAAGAAGCAUUCAUAUUGUCUGGAUGUCUUAAGCGAGACACACAACAGAGCCUCAGAUCAGAAGAUCCAGAUUGGUGCUGAUCCAGUUUCUAGGAAAAUUGAACAUACUCGAGUUUGUGAUGAAAAAAGCAUGGAGGUGGAUGUUACCUCGCGCACUGAAGAUGAAACAAGCAGUAAGGAUGAAGAAACUAGUUAUGACUGUGUUUCAGUGGAUGUGAUGAAAGACAUGAGUAGAGGAGGAGUCAAUUUGUCAAAUCCAGUAGUAAAUUGUGAAUGGAAACUUCUUGAGAAAGAACUAUAUGUGAAGGGAUUAUAG